UUAAGCCAACCACGUGGGUGCAUCUUCCUUCACAUUUUAUUUUAUCCGUCUUUACUGAUCUCUUCCUAAACUUGAUCAAAAUGUACUGCUUAUUCAGCACGACAGCAGCUUAAUCCGGAGAGCCACGAUGUUGGAGAUGUGUUAUUGUCAGCCGUUUUUUUGAUAAAGGUGUUCUCUGUGCUGUUUCACUUCUGGUACGAUGAUAAAAAGUCAAGAAGAUGAAUUCAUUACAGUGAGGGUUCAGGAUCCUCGUGUAAUGAACGAAGGAUCAUGGAACUCCUACGUGGACUUCAAGAUUUUCCUCCAUACUAACAGCAAAGCCUUCACAGCCAAAACCUCCUGUGUGCGCCGCCGCUACAGUGAAUUUGUAUGGCUGAAGAGGAAACUUCAGAAGAAUGCUGGCUUGGUACCUCUUCCUGACCUGCCUGGGAAGUCCCUCUUCUCUUUUAACAAUUUGGACUUCAUUGAAAAGCGAAGAAAAGGUCUACAAAGCUUCCUUGACAAGGUGGUGCACAUGACCGUGUGUCUGUCAGACAGCCAGCUCCAUCUGUUCCUGCAGACUCAGCUUCCUGUAGCUCACAUUCAGGACUGUGUCCAGGGCCACACACCUUUCAGUGUGACUGACGCAAUUCUAACUUAUGCCUCCUCCAAUCGAGGCUGGGCUCAGGAGGAAGGGGGCGGGGCCCAGCAGCCAUGCCCCACACCGAUCUCAUAUGAAUCAGUAGAGAGCAGUCCCUCUCCUCGUGUUCCCAGUUUGCAAACAAUGGAUCUGCUAAUGAGCUGGUGGCAGUUGUCACUGACCUGAACUCUGUAGAGUUACAAGCAUGCGAGGAAGACAUUGAUGUCCCUGACCCAGCUCACAGAGACAGUCCGACACCAAAAAUAGAGGAAGGGCGAGGUUGUAAUGACCUAGUAGUGGAGGUCCACCAAACCAUGCUUCUUUUGGAAGAACAAGACACUAAGGAGAAAGGUGAUCUUAGCACACCUGAGAACACAACACAACAGCACAACAAUAUAAAGGAUGUCAGUGCCGAUGGGGACGGAUGUGCUGAAACCGCCUCACAGGUACAUAGUGCAGUGGACAAGUCUCAGCCAGUACAUGUAGCUAGCAAAGAUACAUGGCUCAGAUUUAUUUUUUAACCACCCAUAACUGAAACCUGACCUAAGACACCUCCUUUAAUAGCAUUACAGUAAAAAAGAUUUUAUAUUUAAUUACAUUUUGGUCAUACUAAUUUGCAGCAAACAAACCCAAUCUAGUAAUAAUUUAUUUCAGUGUUUUGUGAAAGAACCUUAUCUGUCCAUGGUUUCAAGUGAGCCCAUCUCUCAUUAGUAGCUAUUAAGGCAAACCAUUAAGAUUAAGAACUGUAUCUGGUACAUGAGAGUUCUUGAAAUGCAGUGAAUAACGACAAUAAAAUAACAAUUAAUAGAUUAAUAGAUUAAUAGUGAAGUAAUAUGUUUAGCUAAUAGGAUUGGAAAUGUGUACUUAAUCUGAAAAGGGACCGUUCAAGUGAAAACUGGCCAGGUUAGAAAUUAAUUCCAAAAGUCACUGUCAUUCAAUGUACCAUAAGAUACAAACUAGUAUGACGUUAUUAUAAACAUGGUACUUGCAGAGAUACAGUAAAGGGUACAGUAUCGGUGUCAUUACUCAGGUGUAAGGCAAGACUGAGAUUAUGAUCAAUCACCAAAUCAUAAAGGGAAGCUGGACAAGAUAAAUUCAAACAAAAUUAAUAUACCAUAAACAAUCUCAAGCUUGAGCGACUACUGAUAUCAAAGCAUGUUUUUAAGGCUGCAGCCUGGAAAAGAAGGUAAGGAGAAAGACAGAUGUACGUAGACUGGAAAUUGCUGCUAUGAAGCGUACAGAUGCUGAGGGCAAAGUGCAAACCAGCCUGGGAUCCAGGCUGUGGUCUCUGAGAGUGCAUACACUGAUUUAUAGAAUGCAGGUUCUUCAUUUCUUCGAUUAUGUGCUUGUAUAAUGCUUUGGCUACUGAUUUUCAUUGCACUGGAAUCUUAGGACUUCAGACUCAAUGUGUGUGAAAACACAUUAAAUAAAUAAGGGUUUUUAAUUCCUGAGACAGUUUACUCAUGGCUUGUGUUUGUGAUGGAGCAUUUAUUUAAAUGUAAAGUCAUUGUUAAGGUGUCUGUUUGUUUAUAGAAGGUUUGAGGGAGAACUGUGUGUACAACUGCAGUGCUGAUCACUAAUGAUCAAAAAUGACUUGGUGAUCAAAAGAGGGAAAGCUGGCUGACAUAUAUAAAAUAUCAAAAAGAUUGUCUGCUUGCUUUGAUGAUAGUCCCGCACUGUUUGACAGACCCAUUUGUGAAUUCAUGUCUCAUCUUGAUGAGAUGUGUAAGACAGGAACAGCCUCACAGAGUUCCACUUCCUUCAAUCAAAUAACUGUAGCUGCGAUGGGCUUGAAUGAAAACAUUAGAUGUACUAAGACUGGAAAAGUGUUCCCUGGUGUGAUUCAUCUUAGUUUCUGCUGUUCUCACCUAGACGUCUCUGCCUGUCAUGCCUGGUGGUUAUAAUACAGGGUGGAUAUUGGUGAGAUGAUGUGGGGUGUGUAUUCAUGGUACACACUGAACUCAUUCAUCAUAUUGACUGUUUUUACAAUGAUGCAUGUUUUGAUCCCACUUUUAUAACUCAUUAUCCCAUGUUGAGACGUUUACAGAUGUGUUACUCUGCCUUUAAAAGUUUUACAUCAGGAAGGCUGGUCUAUUUUUGUUGGAGUUACUAGCAUUACUUCAGCAGCAUAUAAGCAGAAUCACAUCAUCUUUUCUAUGAGAAGGAAUACAUGAGUACAGCAUUCGCCGAUAGGCCCUAUAUGAUUUAUGACUGUAUUAACUAACAGGGUUCUGCACAUAAACUGGGAUUUGUUGCACAGCAUUAGAGGUAGAAUGUUGCACUAAGAGCCACUGCAAUAUUUCUUUUUCACUGGAUGAGCAUCAAUUUGUUCCAUAAGAGCUGCUUAUGUUGUUCAUCUUGGGAACCAGAAACACUAACAAAUUGGAUAAUUGACAGGGAACUGUAGCUUCUGUUAAUUCUGGGUAUGAAGAUGAGUAUUUUAUUUUACAUGAACUUGUGCUGGAAAUAUACAUUUGUUUUUAACAGAUAUUAUACUUUUCAUUAGUUGCUACAUGAAAUCGCCAUGCUUUUGUGAUUUUUUUUUUUUGAUUUUUUUUUUUUGGAAAUAUUUUUAAUUUAUUUUUUAAAAAUCUGUUAAAUAUGGCUAAAGAAGGGCAAAACUUGUCUGUGCUCAAAGAUUCAAGCCUGUAAAUGUAUGAAAUUAUGUAUUUACUAAAGACAAAUAAAGGAACCAAAAUA